AUGAGCCACCACAGGUUACCAAACUAUCAGCCACGUCAAAACUACCCACCUCAACGAAGACCUCCGUACAAUGCCACACCGCCGUCACUGGCACCCGGACCUCCGGCAGGAGGCUCUCCUAACACAGGAUUCAUGAUGCCAAACUUCAAUUUUCCUCCUCCAACCUUCCCGCCUCUGACACGACCUCCACCGGCAUCGACUCAAUCGGCACCGUAUCACUCACAAGAUCGACCUGGAAAUGGUCAAUAUCCUUCCUCUAAUCAAUACCACGCAUAUAAACGCCAAAAUGCGGGGUACAGUUCGGGUGGAUCGAACUAUUCUUCGGGAAGGCGGUACGGAGCACCGUCGAACUCCGCAGGAUCUCAUGGCAGUACAUCGUACAAGCAUUCUUCCCAGCCAUACUCCGUCUCGGGCCAGCGGAGCGCACCGCAUGCAAGGCCCUCGUCCUUGGGCGGCGGAAGAUCGCAUUCCGUUCCCUCGAACGUAGACCGAUCGAGUCGAUCCCGGUCCGAUCGUUCGUCUUCCUGUAGGCGCGACUCUGAUAACUCCGCAUGCUCGUCAUCAGAUCGUGCCAGUUCCCGCCAUUCCCGAUUCAAAGUGGACACGGAACGAGCGGAAAUACUUUCGAAAUGGUGCCGCAAUUACUGCGAAACUUCGGAGGAUAUCGCACGCAAACUAGCCGAGAUGGCAAACGAUGAAGAGCGCACUCUGUGGGUGAGGUCGUCGCCUGCCGAACUGUACUACAAGCGUGUCUCCGACCGGGUCGUCGACUCAACAGCCCGACUCGACGCCCUCUGCACCCUGUUUGACGAGGAGUUGAUCCGCCGAUCCGAAAGGAUACGCGCCACGCAAACACCGUACAAUCCGCCGCCACGCAAACGCAAAAUGAAAAUUUGCCGCCACAAGCAUGACAAGUGUUCGUCCUCCUCCGAGUCGUCGGACGAAGAGCUGGAGUUCGAGGACGAGUGCAGUAUGGAGGAACUGACGGCGAAAAUAAAACACCCGUUGCGAUUGCACGUCGACCUAUGGUACAACGAUCCGGGAGAAAUGAAUGAUGGACCGCUAUGCCGCUGCUCGGCACGCUCUCGUCGCACGGGCAUUCGUCACGGGAAGUACCCGGGCGAAGAAGGCUUUCCAAAGUGUGCCCCCCAGUCGAAUAACGCGGACAAGUUGUACCAUUACCGCAUCACGAUCUCUCCCCCGACGAACUUUCUUACAAAAACACCGACGAUCAUCAAACACGAUCAGCACGAGUUCUUGUUCGAGGGAUUCUCACUGCUGGCACACGAACCAAUCGGCGAGCUACCUACGUGCAAGGUGAUCCGCUUCAACAUCGAGUAUACGAUCCUGUACAUCGAGGAGCAGAUGCCAGAGAACUUCACCAUCCGUGAGCUGGACCUAUUUGAUCGGUAUCUGUUCCGGGAGCUGCUUGAGCUCGUCGACUUCACUGUGCAACCUUCCGGCUCAGGCGAAGAGAACUCCUGCCCGUGUUACCACUUUCUGCCGCGCUUCGUGCGCGAUCUGCCAGACAACGGGAAGGAGGUGUUGGCGAUGAGUGAAGUGCUUCGCUACCUGCUCGACAACUCCGGCCCACUCGUGCCACCCGAUAUGCUGAAGGAGAUGAUGGAAAUGAGCCAAAACGAGUGGCAGGACUAUGUGGACUACGUGAAAGGCAUGGUUGUGACAAAUCCUGGCAUGAAGCCGUGCUCGGUGCGGGUCGACCAGCUUGAUCGCAACGUGGGAGACGUGCCUGAGGCGACGGCGAUCGACGAACAUGGCAUGUUGCAUCCGGUGAUCGUGCACUUCGGCAUCCGACCGCCUCAGCUGAGCUACGCCGGUAACCCCGAGUACCAGAAAGCAUGGCGAGAGUACAUCAAGUUUCGUCACCUGAUCGCCAACAUGUCGAAACCGUCGUUUGAGGAUAAACGAAAGCUGGAGGCGAAAGAGAACCGCUUGCUCGAGAUGCGUAUGCAGGGUCGAAUGAAGCGCAACAUAACGAUCGCGGUGAGUGCGAAGGCGUUCCACAGGACGGGCAUUAUGUGUGAUAUGGUGCAGCAUGCUAUGCUGAUACCAGUGCUGACGGGCCACCUGCGAUUCCAUCGGUCACUUAACGUGCUGGAGCGAUACAUCGGCUACACGUUCACAAACCGCUACACGCUCCAACUGGCCCUGACGCACCCGUCAUACAAGGAGAACUUCGGCACGAACCCGGACCAUGCGCGGAACAGUCUCACGAAUUGCGGCAUCAGACAGCCGGAGUAUGGUGACCGCAAAAUCCACUACAUGAACACGCGCAAGCGUGGUAUCAACACACUCAUCAGCAUUAUGUCCCGGUUCGGCAAGGAACAUGAGACGGACAGCAACAUCACGCACAACGAGCGGCUCGAGUUUCUCGGCGAUGCGGUUGUCGAGUUCAUCACGUCGAUCCAUCUGUUCCACAUGUUCCCAGACCUAGAGGAGGGCGGGCUGGCCACGUACCGGGCUGCGAUCGUGCAGAAUCAGCACCUUGCUGUCCUGGCUAAGAAGCUGCAUCUGGAGGAGUUCAUGUUGUACGCGCACGGAUCGGAUCUGUGCCACGAGCUGGAAUUGCGGCACGCGCUGGCCAACUGUUUCGAGGCGCUGAUGGGGGCCUUACUGCUGGACGGUGGGAUUGAGGUUGCGGACCGUGUUUUUGCGUACGCGCUUUUCCAGGAAGAUGACACACUGCGUGGCAUCUGGGUGAACUAUCCUUCGCACCCGCUGCAGGAGCAGGAACCGCUUGGCGAUCGUCAUCACAUCGACUCGUUCGAGAUGCUAAAGACGCUGACGCGCUUCGAAGAGUCAAUCGGGGUGCAUUUCAAUCACAUUCGGUUGCUGGCUCGGGCCUUCACCGAUCGCUCGAUCGGCUUCACCAACCUGACACUCGGUUCGAAUCAGCGACUCGAGUUCCUCGGCGAUACGGUGCUGCAGCUUAUUUGCUCCGAGUAUCUGUACCGGCACUUCCCGGAGCACCACGAGGGUCAUUUGUCGCUGCUGCGCAGUUCGCUUGUGAACAAUCGCACCCAAGCGGUCGUGUGCGACGAUCUCGGCAUGACUCAGUACGCUGUGUACUCGAACCCAAAGGCUGAUCUGAAGACGAAGGAUCGCGCCGAUCUGUUAGAGGCAUUCCUAGGUGCGCUGUACGUCGACAAGGGACUUGAGUACUGCGAGAUGUUCUGCCACGUGUGUCUGUUCCCGCGGCUGCAGGACUUUAUCAUGAACCAGGACUGGAACGAUCCGAAGUCGAAGCUGCAGCAGUGCUGUCUCACGCUGCGCACGAUGGACGGUGGCGAGCCGGACAUUCCCGUGUACAAGGUGAUUGAGUGCACGGGGCCAACAAACACUCGUGUCUACUCAGUGGCGGUCUACUUCCGGGGAAAGCGUCUUGCGUGCGCGGAUGGCCACAGCAUCCAGCAGGCUGAGAUGAACGCUGCAAAGCAGGCGCUGGAAAAUUCGAAGGAUCUUUUCCCGCAGCUCGACCACCAGCGGCGGGUGAUAGCGCAGAGUCUAAAGCGGCAGAAAGUUCCGCUCACGGCUUUGGGACUUGGUGCUCGAACAGGCACCGGUGUCGUUUCCGGACCUAACGGUGAUUCGGAUAUGCCUGGGGACGAAGAGUUGGAAGAGACCGAACAGCAGAAGGGCGGAAGCGUCGAUCAACAGUCCGAAGGUGCCGUAGCAAAACGGAAUCGUGAACAAAAGAACGCAUCCCUAUUCCUGCCUGAAUCGGCCCGUCUCCCAAAGCAGUAUCAGAUACACCGUCGGUCGAAAUCUAACAGUAGCAGUGGCAGCAGCAACAGCAGCAACCACAGUAAAAGCGCCAACGAAAUCGGAAGUAACUCCGACUCUGAUGGCGAGAAGUCAAGCAAAUUUACCCACCACACGAGGACACGUGUUCGACGUCAAAAACGGCGUCGUUCCGACGAAGGGGAAAAUUAUGCUAGUAAGACAGCAGGAAAAGCUCAGGAACGGAGACCCAUGGCAGGAAAGCAGAUGAACAUCAAUGUGGAAGUGCCUGUGGUUCCUCCUACCCAAACGGAGAAAGGCUCGAAUGAUGCAUGCGAGUACAGCUCGGUGUCGGAAGAUGAGGACUUUGGACUGGAUGAUAUUUCCGAUAGUGAGGAUCAGUUCGAAAAAUAUGGUGGAUCCAAAACCAGUCAAAAUAUCGACGAGAGACCGCUGAUGCAAGCAAUAAAAAUCAAGAAAGAGAAGGAUGAAUUAACGACGCGCACGCUUAAUGCGGGUGGUACGAUCAAAAGCUCGAUCAAGUACGAUAUAAAGCUGGAAGGGACGGACGAUUUGUCGUCGGAUUUGGAGGCAGGUGAAAUUGAUUAGUGAUUCGUAAUAGUACAUGCUGGUCAGAAUGCGUUUCCUCAGCGGUAGCGGAUAAAUUAUUGUUUCCAUUUUUGCGACUCAUCGGAAACUA